AUGCCUGAUCUUCUAUAUAGCGCAGAAACGUGGACGAUGUUGAACAACGAUGAGAAGGCGUUGGGUGCUUUCGAGAGAACUAUUCUACGCAAGAUCAAGCGUGUUUAUGGCACCUCCCAUAGACGUGAUGCACCGCCAGUACUGCUGUACAGCUUCAUCGAACAAACACUGCAGCCGGGACCGGCUGUGAGCUUGAAAUGCUCAGCAGCCGGAAAUCCAACACCGCAAAUUUCAUGGACAUUGGACGGAUUUCCACUGCCAUCAAACGGAAGAUUUAUGAUUGGGCAAUACAUCACUGUCCAUGGCGAUGUAAUUAGUCACGUCAACAUUAGCCAUGUCAUGGUUGAGGAUGGUGGCGAAUAUUCGUGCAUUGCAGAGAAUCGUGCGGGAAAGGUUCAGCAUGCGGCGCGCUUAAAUAUUUAUGGCCUUCCCUACAUACGCUUAAUACCGAAAGUCACUGCCGUGUCUGGUGAAACCCUAAACUUGAAGUGCCCUGUUGCUGGCUAUCCCAUAGAGGAAAUACAUUGGGAGCGAAGCGGUCGCGAAUUGCCUGAUGAUAUCCGACAACGUGUUCAACCGGAUGGCUCAUUGACCAUCAAUCCGGUGCAGAAGAAUACCGACUCGGGCGUAUACACAUGCUGGGCACGCAACAAGCAGGGGCAUAGUGCGCGUCGUAGUGGCGAAGUCACCGUUAUAGUCCCACCCAUAAUAGAACCGUUCGUGUUUCAAGAUGGCCUUGCCGAGGGUAUGCGCACGCGCACAGUAUGCGGUGUAUCGCGCGGUGAUCCGCCGCUCAAAUUGAUCUGGCUCAAGGAUGGCGAACCGUUGCCCGAAUUAUUGGGCGCCAAUGUCACAAUGCUCGAUCAAUAUUCAUCUUUGCUGAGCAUACCUUCGCUGUCGGCUACGCAUACCGGCGAAUAUACGUGUGUGGCAAAAAAUCCGGCUGCGGAAAUCAAAUACACUGCCGUAUUGCAGGUCAAAGUGCCACCACGCUGGAUUGUCGAGCCGACCGAUGCAAAUGUGGAACGUAACCGCCAUAUAAUGCUGCAUUGUCAGGCGCAGGGUGUGCCAACGCCCAGCAUUGUUUGGAAGAAGGCUACAGGCAGUAAGUCUGGUGAAUACGAGGAGGUGCGAGAGCGGCCUUUCACCAAAUUAUUGAGCAACGGUUCGCUGCUACUGCAACACGUUAAAGAGGAUCGUGAAGGCUUCUACCUUUGUCAAGCGAACAAUGGCAUUGGAACUGGCAUCGGAAAAGUUAUACAGCUAAAAGUAAAUUCUUCGCCGUACUUCUCAUCCACUUCACGCUCGGUAACGGUGAAAAAAGGUGACACAGCGCUUUUGCAAUGCUCUGUCAGCGGUGACAAACCGAUUAAUAUCGUUUGGAUGCGUUCGGGCAAAAAUACGUUGAAUCCAUCAACAAAUUACAAAAUUUCGGUGAAGCAAGAGGCGACACCUGAUGGUGUUUCUGCCGAAUUGCAAAUACGCAUGGUGGAUGCCAGCGAUAGUGGCCCGUACUUUUGUCGUGCGAGCAAUCUCUAUGGCAAUGAUCAGCAAUUGGUGCAGCUGCAGGUGCAGGAGCCACCACAACCGCCCACCGUUUUGGAGGCGGCUAUGAUUUCUAGUCGUUCGGUGAAUUUGAAAUGGCAACCGAAAACAAUGAACACAGCGGAUAUCUCAAAAUACAUUGUGGAAUUCAAGGAAAUGGACCCACUCUUCAUCGAGCAGUGGCAACAAGUAGAGGUCAAGGAUCCACCAACGUACACAACGUUAAUUGAGAAUCUUAAGCCAGCAACACGUUAUUCCUUUCGCGUAAUAGCCGAAGGCACUGCCGGCCGCAGCGCACCGAGUCAAGAGUUAGUGGUGCGCACCGAACCACAACGUCCCGCCGGACCGCCGCUCAAUCUCUCAGUACGUCCAUUGUCUUCCACCGAGUUACUUGUCAGCUGGUUGGCGCCGCUCGUAGAAUUGCGUCACGGCGACAUACAAGGCUACAAUGUUGGCUAUAAAUUGGCCAGCUCGGGAAACUCGGCAUACAAUUUUACCUCAGUGUCCGGUGAUGGCGAUGGUGGCACCGGCGAACUCUUGCUAAGCGGCUUACAGAGAUUCGCGCGUUACAAUGUUGUUGCGCAGGCCUUCAAUCAGGUGGGACCCGGUCCACUCUCUGAGCCGGUGUCAGCGCAAACAAUGGAAGACGUGCCAAGUCGACCGCCGGAGGAUAUACGUUGCGCCGCAUUGACCUCACAAUCAUUGCAAGUUUCGUGGCAGCCGCCGCCAAUCUACCAUACCAAUGGUCUCUUGCAGGGUUACAAAUUAAUUUUCGAGCCUAUUCUGGAUGACUUUUCUCUCAACAAAGACGAAGUUGAAUCACGCAAGACAACCGCUCUAACCACAGUGCUGACGGGAUUACGCAAGUACACCAACUACAGCAUACAAGUGCUGGCACACACACGCAUGGGUGAUGGCGCGCUAUCCAACCCACUCUACUGUCACACCGAGGAGGAUGCUCCCGAAGCGCCGGCUGACAUCAAAGUGGUCGUUAGCUCACCGCAAUCUUUGUCUGUCUCAUGGUUGCCACCUACGGAACCGAAUGGGGUCAUCACAAAAUAUAAUCUAUAUACGCGCGUCGUAAACGGGCGAGAAGAGCUGAAUAAUGAAAAACGUAGCUUGCCGUCACAGCAGGCGCAUUACGAGGCGAAAAAUCUGCAUCCUCACAUGGAGUACCAGUACUGGGUGACCGCCUCCACGCGUGUUGGUGAAGGCAAAAGCUCGCGUGUCGCCUCACAGAUUACAACCAAUCGUGUGCCCGCACGCAUUGUCUCCUUCGGUGGUCCGAUAGUGCGGCCAUGGCGCUCAACUGUUACGUUGCCGUGCACGGCAGUUGGCAAACCGAAACGUGAAUGGUACAAGGCGGAUUCACUGCUGCGACAAGGCGGCCUACACAAUUCUCAGCUACUUGAUUCAGGCGACUUGAUUAUCUCGAGUUUACAGAUUUCGGAUAGUGGCAACUACAGUUGUCAGGUGGACAACGGCAUUGGCACGGAUCGGCUGACGCACGUACUAUUGGUGCAAGUGCCACCUUCGGCGCCGGUGCUGUAUGUGACUAGCGCUACUUCGAGCAGUAUUCUGAUGCACUGGAAAUGCGGAUUCACUGGUAAUGCACCAAUCACUGGCUAUACGCUCUUCUAUCGACGCGCCAACAGUAAUAUGGAUGAGAUGCUUUUGUCACGUCAUGCAUCUAGUCACGAACUAAAGGGGCUGGUGUGUGGUAGCACUUAUCAAAUUCAUUUGACGGCUCACAAUAAGGUGGGCACCUCACCGGCCAGCAUCACUUUGCAUGUGCGCACGCAAGGGCAAUCACCCGGAAUGCCGUCAACCACCAGCCUGAUUGCACCCAACUCUACUACAGUAUUGGUGCGUUUGCAUACAUGGCCAGACAAUGGUUGUCCGCUGCUUUACUUUGUGCUGCAAUACCGGCCGGUGACCGAUGAGCCCGAGCGCGAUUGGAUAUUGGUAUCGAACGCUUUAAAACCGCAACGUCGUUUCACCAUUUCCGGACUACAGCCAUCGACUCUCUAUCAGCUGCGCAUGGAGGCACAUAAUGUGGCCGGUGUUUCGCAGGCCGAAUUCACAUUUGUCACUCUCACCAAGGAUGGAGAGCAGCCACCGCCGGAGAUAGUGCAGCGCGGUCAACGUGGCACCAACGUUUUCUAUGGAAAUGUGAAUCUAUUGAUACCGAGCAUUGCCACAUUGUCGGGCAUGAUUUGCACAAUAGCGCUGGUGGUCAUGUGCUAUCGACAUAAACAAGGAAAUCGUAUACAAAAGGAAUCGCUGGAGAAUCGUCAGAACUCGGAGGCAGCGCAGCGGGAACGCUAUUAUGCCACCAUUCACAAAGUGUCGAUGCAGAAUAACGACAAAAUUCCUGAGACAUCCGAGGAUAUUUCACCGUAUGCCACAUUUCAAUUAUCCGAGACGGGAAACAUGUCACAGCCACAUCAUGCCGGUCCGGCUAAUACGCUUUUGCAUUCCUUUAUGUAUCACGAGCGUGCCUUGACCGAGGGUUGCUCGUCACCACCACCCGCAGCGGUAUUAAAACCAACCCAACACCAAAAUCACCACCAUCACCUGAAUUAUCAUUACAACCACAAUCAACGUCCAACUAAGACAAACUAUAAUCAUUAUCAGACCUCGCCAUUUCAUAAUAUCUCUUCGAAGAAUCGGCGCCGUCAUUCGCGUAAAACUGAGCCAGAGAGUGAGGAGUCCGAAUCGGAUCAGGAUCAAUUGACGUCAAGUCGUACGGAGUCAUCCAAUCAGCAUGAGGGAAAAAUAAAGCAUAUUUUUAAUCCCGCUGGCACAAAAAAUUUGUUGGCAUGA